CUGGAGAUAAGCAUCCCAGUGGGACUGCGGACUGCGGUCCUUCCGGAUUUAGAGUUUUUUAAUCCGUUUGAUUCUACUAUGUUUUCAAGAGGAAUGUGACCUUUGUGUUGCACGAUGGAGUUGUCGCGCUGUAGGAUCAGACGAACUGGAUGCAAUGCGCUCAAAAGCUGUUUUUAUUGCACAGUGGGACUUAUUUGGGCAGAUGGGGAUUGUGUGUUCAUCACUCCGUUGCAACCACCAAAGAAUUCAACCACUAGUCAUCAUCAAGUCCAUUUUUGCCGCCAUCAAGUGCUGGGAUUAUUCAGGACGGUGCACGGCCUAUGCUAUAGCAGUCCUAAGAAAUGGCCCCCCUUCAUCAGCGUGAUUGCCGAGAGAGUGGAUGACGGCUCCUUAGAGCUUUCCAUCUGGCGCAUGAACACUGCUGUGCAGUGUGUCUCCUUCUCUAAGUGGUGCGUUCUCUCUCUGCCGCAGUUACCAGUGCUGCAGGGGUGCCUCUGGCAUCCGGAGAAGGAUGUCUUUUGUUUGGUGUUCAAGGACUCUGCCCGAAUCUAUGUUAUAAAUGAAGACAACUCUGAGCUACAAGAGGUCAAGGCCAUCACCCCAUUUGCUGGGUCAAGAUUUGUUUGUGGAACCUGGAGCAAGAAUGGUAAAAGGCUUAUUUUAGCCACAGAAUCCACACUUAUGUUUUAUAACAUCCCGUGUUCUGACAUCGAGCAAACAGAAAUGGAGGUGAUCCUCGGCCUUGAAAGGGUGUGUUGUAUUGAAAGCCUAGAAGGUGAUCGCUUCGUUUGUACUGUGGAGCUUCCUCUGGAUAGCAUGGUGGUACGCAGCCGUUCUGAGCGCUACCUUCUUGACCAGACCAGGGGCCCGCUAGAGACCUUGCUCAACAUUCACGCUGCCACUGAGGGCCCAUUGGAAGGCAGUUCUCAGUUGUUUCUGCUCCAGUGGAACCCUGAUACCGACAAACCGGAGGUCCGAAGUUGGGAUGAGCUUUAUGGAAUUCUCUCUCCAGACCUCUUGGCUGUUGAGCCGUCAUCGAGUCUUAUUGUUGUUGGGAGCAAUAGCUGCCAUACCUUGUAUGUGUAUGGAAUAGUUGACGAACAGCUGGAGAAGCUACAUGACAUAAACCUUCCAAAGGAGGAACGUCCCAAAGGGGUGACAAUUCACAACCAAGAAGCCCUUCUGAUGCUGGCUAAGCUCCCUGAAGAAGAGCGUCAGGUGCUGUCAUUGCCACGCUCAGAGUUUGUGGAGUAUGAGGUGGUGCUGCAAAGCAUUCCACUGUCGGGCAGCGCUCAGCCACAGGGUUCCUGCACACUGCAGACAUUACUAGGACAAGCUGCAAAAUCGUCCAUUUCCCUGGAUAGUGCCGUCUCCGACCCAAUCAAUAGGGCCCUACCACCCAGGUAUGGCAGGUCAAGUGGUGUUGCUGCCCCAACAACAGCAGCUGCAUCUACAGCCAGUUCCAGUCACAUGCUCAACAUGGCGGAGCUGGGACGCAACAGCGGUGAAGCUGCAGCCACAAUGACCUGGCCACGAGGUCUGCUGGGAGACCUCAAGAGCCACCUGCAAUCGGCCUCCCAGAGACCGCCGUCGCACGCGUCUGCCACCAGUGAGAGCCACCUAGCCUCUCGUCACCAAGAGCCUCCACCACUAGUGGAAGACCUGACCAGUCUUCUCCACUUCCACGAAGCGGGACGUUCAGACCAUCGCGGAGAUUCUGUCCCGGCCAAUGACCUACUCGACCUAUCCAGCCUGCUCUCGGGCGGAGCCCUCUCAUCCUCCGAGCUGCUCGUCGGCAGGAAUUUCGAAGAGCUAGACGGGGAGGCCGUGCUGGGCCGUGGUGGGUUUCACGAGGAGUUUUUCAAGAAAUCGCGAGAGGACAACGCGAGUCGACAUAAGGACGUCACCGGUAUGCCUCACGCUCCCGUGGCAGGAGGAGCACACACCCUCCCGAGAGCUGCCGAGCACAGAACGGGCUCCGAGGGUCCCGCACUGCCUACACUGGGCUCGGUAGCCUCACGACUGGCAGGGCUCGAGGGCUGUGUGGCCACGCUCGGCCGCAGCCAGAGUCGGGAGUUGCAGGAGAUCAAGAAUGAGCUGUCAGCUAUCCGGCGACUGCUCAUCUCGGUGCUGUUCCAUGUGCUGCCAGAGGAGGCGAGGUCUGACGCGGUGGCCAAGUACACAUGACUCUCUGUGGGCAGAGCAGAUCGCAAAGCGAGGGUUGCCCAAGCUGCAGGCCGUGCGGGCAUCACGGACAGCAGCGCCUCCUAGGGGAGGAAAGGGGAUCCAAGACGUCUGGAUGUGGGAGAAGCCUGUGCGUUGCAUCCUUUCUCAACGGUGUGAAAUUUUAGCUGCCACUAACGGGAUUCAGUGGGUACUGGACAGGGCUAUGUUGUACAGUGGUGGAUUAUAGAAUUUUUUUUUCUUUUUCCGCUCACUUCGCUAAUAUUGUUGACGCAAAAAUAAUUGCAGCAAUGCUGGCUCGACAUAUGAGGCUCUGGCAUCGUCCUCGUAGCAAAUAUUGUUUCUAGUAUUGCUAAGGGACUUGUUUGUAUUGACAUGCUGACAAGCAAGAUGCAUGCUGCCUGUAAUCAGCAGCAAUAGUGUAUGCCUGAGGGCUACAAAUUUUCCAAGGACCAUAUAUAUUAGAAUGAAUGUAGUGGUGAAUUUGCGAAUGAAGCGUACGGUCGGUACAGUGCAAGUUUCUCCCACAUUUGUACACAGUUGGAACCAACCCUCCAAAAAACGAGGCUGUCUUAUCGUGGCCAACUCAGUGCGAAUUGAAAGGUGCGAAAGAGUGCCAAGCUCAUUUGCCUGUCAGGGAACCUCCUUCUCAUUCCUUGUCAGGGGCACAAAGUGUGGAACUUAUAGGCAGUGAAUCCCCGUAAAGAGACAUAAUUUAUUUCCCUGGUAAUUUAUUUUUGUUGUUGCCGAAUAUUAUAUUGUUUGAAUUUUAAAGAUCUGCGCUUUGCUGUAGUUCAUGUCAUUUUGGAGUCAUCACACUUUGUAUGUCCUAUUGUCAAAUUUACAGUUGUAUGUAUGUGUUAGUUCUAUUUUUAAAGGGGCUAUGAAACUCCAGAUCUUCCGUUUUUAUUGUAAAAGUUAAGUUAUUUCUCUUAGAGUGUAGCUGCUCAUUUAUUUUUAUACUUUUCCAUUCCAUCUCCUGUUCUCUUGCUCGUAUGGUUCAAACGCAAAGCCAAAGUUAUGCUCAAUUCAGUGCUUGGGGAUUAGAGCACUGCACGGGCUCGUGCAUACCCGGGGGCCCGGGCCGGGUAAAGCCUUCUUUUUUUUUGCGAGCCUGGACUGGCUCGGGUUUGACGAUCAUAGGCCAGGCCCUGGGCCGUACAUUGCCGGGCCUAGGUCGGAUUCGAGCCUGUAUUACCCCUUUGUUAGUCAACCACAGUCAAAUUUUACAGCCUGCAAUUUUACAGGUAUGCAGCCGUCGGCCCGGGCGGGUAAAUCAAAGGAAAGCCGGGCCAGGGCCGGGCCCGAGCCUAAAAAUGUGGCCUGUGCAGUGCUCUACUUUGGGAUACAGUGCUUGUGUAUGCGGAUAUUGGCAAAUGUGUACAUAGAAACAUGUUAGAGACAUGCUCAGGUUACUUGUACUUUUAAUGCCAGAUUGCGCUGCAUAUUUACACUUUGGUAAAAGUGGUUUCCACACAGCACCUGUCGGGCUGUUCUGAGUUAUCUGUUUCGUAGCCCCUUUAACCCUGUUGAAUUACUUCCCAUCAUUCCAUUGCCUUGUUCAGUGUCCAACAAAUGGUGGCUAUGCUGCUUGUAAAGAGGUUAUAUUGGAACAUACAUUUGAAAAUGUGAAGUUGUGGGCGCAGCCAGGCACAGAAUUAAGGCUUCAAAUAAUGUUUAAACACGGAGACGCAUUUUGCAACAGCAUUCCCAUUCUAGCCUGUAUUGAAAUAGUUUCUGUGGAGCCUGCUUUCUUUCUUAUCAUUAGACCUCUUAACUCUCCUUGGCUGUGCUUCACAUAAAAAUAUGCAUAACAGUAGUGUAUAUCAGAUCCUUAGGACCACUGUAUUUAGGAAAAUUUAUAUGACUGUAGAAAUUAGAGAAGCAGGCCUUGAAAUGUAAUGUGUACACACGGAGAAAAGAGCAUUUACCUUCAUUGAUGAAACUAAAAUGAGCAGGGUGCUAGCCACUAUAACCAAUAGCAGCGAGUCCUUUGAGUUUUUAGGAACAUUAAUAGAACUACGUUGCCCCAUUUAGAGAAAGGCACACCUAUGUGCUGAAGGGUCGCAUACACAUGGCAAGAAAACAAAUCUUCGCUUGGGCUCUCCACAUCCUAACCAGCAAAUCAAAAGCAGGCAAAAGAAAAGAAAAAAAAAACUUGCAACUUGUUGGUGAGAGUACAGCCCUCGUACUCGAGCCAGAAGCUUCAUUUUUGCUCUGGACGCGGACCGGGAUUCAAAGCACAGACUAACAGAGGAGAAAAAAAACUAUCAGAGGCCGCGAUGAGAGCAAGUGUGACACGGUUCUUGCUAAUAUUACUACGUAGUACUUAGGAGAAUCACUUUCAUAUAACGAGACACGUGUACACCAAAACAUAUACACCGACUUUUCAUGUGUAUAUAUAUAUAUAUAAAUAUACCUACAUUUAUAAGAGAAAAAUACGGAACACAGCAUUGCGUGAUAUUGCGCUGCACCAUUGGGUCACAUUCACGACUGUCCAAACAUUCCAACAUGACGAUCUUGAAGGCCGAGCCUUUUAGGUGGGAACAGUUACUUCCAGUGAUUUCAGUAUUUCUGCCUGAAUAUAUAGUAUAUUACAUACAUAUAGUAUUACUACUGAGACUGUUGUAAGCUGCAGCAGGACCUGUAACAUGUUUGUUUCCAGAUGCUGGUUUCAAACGACAGUGUUGGCGUAAGGAGAAGAAAAAAAAAAAACCUUGAUGGGCUACAUGGUGGGAUACACUAGUUCACGAUGCAAACAUUGUAUGUAAUCGGAAAAUGUGAUAGCCACCCACAGCAAUGAGCAUUCACAGGAAACAUUUUAGCCCCUGCCAUUUAAUGGGUUGUAAGGCACACAUUGUUGGAGUUACCUUCUCAUAAUGUAGGGGGAGUGCUGGACGGCUGUGUUAUGUUUCUGCGAUUGUACAGCCCGCAUCAGAUUCAACUUGAACGUGGAGGGGGUUUGGAGGGUGGUUUGGUUUGGUUUUGGCGCUGCCAGGAUGGCAUAGUUCCCGCUUCAAGAGGCUGGAGCAGUGUUCAAGUUAACUUUGAUGAGAGCCGUACAAUAAUGGAACCUUGUGACAGAGAACUAGAGGAGCUGCUCAAUAGAGUAAAAAUUUUUUUUUUUUUUCUGUGGGGGCAAACCAGUGAAUUCUCAUGUGAAUACUACACAUUACAUAGUGAAUACAAUAAUACCCAUAGUGAAUACUUAAAUAGUUAGGCAGCUUAAAUCAGGGUUGAGUGAAUUUUUUUUUUUCUCUCUCUCUCUCUCUACUUUGGAGACACAAGGACACCAAAAAGGUCUCUGUGGAGCAGCCAAUGCAGAAGACAAAUGCAGGGAACCUCUUUGUACUGGUUACAUAAGUCCUGCAUACUGUGUCCUAGUUAGUGUCCACUGAGGAAUUUUUGCGUAGGUGGUCUCCAAGAAAGGACCUGUUCAACCAGAUGUUCCGAGGCACUUCACAGGUGCUUUAGGUGCAGUUUUUAUCUACCUGGACAAAGAAAUUGCACACGUUGUGCCAUGCAGCUCACUUUGCGUCUCUGUUGCAGACUGAGUCCCGCGAGAAAGUAGCAGUCAUGAAAACGCGUUCAGAUAAACAUUGUGGCAAUUAGAGUGAAAUGCUGUUGAUAAGAUGAAACCUGAGUACUUUCAAUAUUCAGAACUGAUGGGUGCAUACAUGGGCCCAUCGCGGCAAUUAAAGCGGGAGAUACAGGAUUGCGGAUGGCGCUACCAACGGGAAGGCAUACUGCACAUGCAUUCAGGUUGCAUUUGUUUCUGUUUUAGCUCUAGAGAUUCGUGGCUUCCUUUCCAGGCAUGUCAGUGUCAUCAGAGGAUCUGAAAGUGCAGCUCAUCAGCCCCAUACGCCAUAGAUUUAAAAUAUGAAAAGACACUUUUGUUCCGUCUUACAUCGAACAAAACAUCUGGGGUAGUAAAGCGCGCAUCACUGCGAGUAUAGUUUUUUAAUUUUUGUUAGUGUUAUAUUUUGUUGUAAGCCACAUGUUGAUUCGAUGUGGCUGCGACAUUCUCCAUAAGAGCAUAUGAGCUGGGAUUUCACUGUCAGUUCCUCUUCUAAAAUUUGUCAUUCCUAAAUUUGGGUCUCAUUUGGAAUACGAGCCGACCAAAGCGUUGAACAGAGGCAUAACGGUGUGCUAUCAUGCAUAUUCUGCCAUGUACUCGUCCUCUUAGCUGUCUGGUUUGUGGAGUACGUUGAGACGGAAGCAUAAAUCCACAGCUCAUAAAAAAUGCUGUGUACCUUGUGCUCUUGGCGUUUGGAAUAUGAAGUUCGUGUAAAGCAAAAGCAGUAUACCAUUGUGGUGUGCAAUGGUUGAUCCCUGCCGGUGCUCUGUUCCCAUCACUACUCACCUUACCUCGUACUAAUUCGAGGAUCUUUGAAAGGUACAGACCAGAAACUAUACAUAGAGGCACUAACUAGUUAAGCUUGUACAAUAUUUACCUGUAUAUGCCAAGUGUAAAAUUUUGCACAUUUUCUUUGUUAACCAUUCAGGGUUUGCCAAACGAGUAAUUCCAUGUGCAGACGUGUCAAUAUACCUGUCAUUUUGUAACGCGUGAUGCAGAUUCAUUUUUCGGUAACAUUCCGUUAACAUUAACAAACUUCACAAGUCGGCACAUGAUCAUGGGAUUGAAAGAUGGGAAAGAUCCUACGACACAUUACGAGGUAUGCAACACAACAUCAUAUUUGCUUUGUUGGCACUAACGUUAACUUUGAACAAUGAAGGAAACUGUGUUAUUUUGGAUGACCCUUUCAGCAUAGGUCAGCCCCCACAGAUAUCCCUCGCCAUCUUUGGACGUUAGAAGAAGAAAUGCGUUCCUCAUUUGCGAGGAAAGGCACCUGUUACGGGGAAGUGCAAGGGUUUUUUGAGAGAUAAAUUUAUACGCUUAACCACUGUCGUGCCGCGUCUGGGAAGCCCUCCGUAUAUUGGCCGCAUUGUAUGUGCACACUUCUUAAAAUCCCGUGCACCCUCGAGUAUGUGUGUACGUGGCACGGCAGCCUCAGCUAGCUGCAAACCAAGGGGGUCAGUUCAAGCAUGAAUAUAUUACCAUCAUUGCUCAAUGUUUUUGAUACAUCAGUCGUGUAGAUUUAGCAAUGUGGCUGAAAUUCUCUGUGUAGACUCGUGAGACUGUGUCCAUGUAGGAAGUUACGUGACGGGUGAUGCCACUUUUGUUUUAUUGUAAGCGACUGAUGAUAAUGCUUUUUGCCACGGUUGAUGAUAUAACACUUUUUUUUUUCUUUUUUUUUUGUUGUCCACAUGCUGUGUUACCACUGUUAUGUCUGAGCAUAGUUGCUGUUACCCUGUGAUGUAAUGAUUGGUCAUAGUCCUUAUGAGUUUGUGUGAACGACUGCAUACUUUUGCUGGUACCUUUGAUUUUGCAAACAAGAGACGGGUAGUUUUCCAGACGAAGAUCCAAUGGACUUGCCACCAACAGGAGUGGUGGUGGUGGUAUGCCCCAGAGCGCACGUAUCCCGGGUCAUACUGCCUUCUCUGCUAGAGAUGGAGUGUUUCCUUCCGGUCUAAAUAUACGCACUUCUGUUGGUCUUUUCGUUUGGAGAACUAUGGUGUCUGCAAUGUUGUUUACUCAAGUGCAACAGUACAAAAUAUUUCCUUCGGGGUGGUGCACAAUUUUCUUUUCUAUUUAUUUAAUAAUGACUAGAUAAUCUGGAGAUGUUGCUAUGUCAGCAUGCCAAAUAAUCAAAUGAGAAGGUCAGAUUCAAGUGCAUUUUGAUACCUGUUUCUAUUUGAGAUACCAGCUGGCAUUGCAUCAAAUGCAGAUUGUACUGCGGGCAUUGGGAGUGCAAUCCUGAGCAAUCAGUUUACAGUACAGUAAUUGUCAGGCUUUUUUUGUAUAAAUUUAGAUUAAAUGCACGUCCUCUUGCUGG